UCCGCUGCUCCUAUUUUUUCCCUCGUUCCCUCCACGCCUUACCGUUUCCCUCCAUUCCUCUCUCUCUCUCUCUGGAUUUCCCUCUCAUCUCUUUGCUGUCUCUCUCGUUCACUCUCUAAGCUUCCAAGUUUUUUUCCAUUUUCUCAUGAAAUCGAGAAGAGAUCAAAGAUCUCACAGAGGUUAGUGAAAGGGAGUGAGGUUUUGUUCUUUACCGGCGGCCUUUUCUCUUAUCUCUCGUGUUCUUCGAAGAUCCCUACUUUUUCUCUGUCAAAUAAGCUGGGAUCGAAGAUCUCGCGAAGAGAGUGAGUUGGAGUGAGGUUUUGUUUUUCGGCGCCAAGCCCUGCAUCAGAUCUGGGAGGAAGUAGCCAUUUUGGAGCCUAUUUUUCCUUCAAUCUCUCGAUUCCAUAAUCCAAAGUUGCCUUCUUUUUCAGAUCUUUGAGAAAGAGCAAUUUUGGGACGAGUGAUGGAUCUGUUAGGAGAAAAGGAAACCGGAUCUAUAGAUCUGAGUAGUGGCAGAGAGAGUUCAGGGGAGCUGAAGAGCUGCGCGGAUUGCCGGACUACCAAGACGCCUCUUUGGCGAGGCGGCCCCUCGGGCCCUAAGUCGCUCUGCAACGCCUGUGGGAUUCGCUACCGGAAGAACAGGAGGGCAGCGCUGGGGCACAAGGAAGGGGAAAGAAGAGAAAGGAAGCAGAAGAGAGAGGACGAUGGCGGCAGCGGCAGCGGCAGCAGCAGCAGCAGCAGCAGAACCACCACCACGACCAAAGAGUUGGGUGGGGUCUCGGUGAAGCUUAGGAUGUUGGGUUUGGGAAGCGAGGUGUUGGUGAAGAGGAGAUCUACGCUCGAGAGGAAGAGGAGAAGGAUGGGAGAAGUGGAGCAGGCUGCUGUGCUUUUGAUGGCUCUCUCCUCUGGAUUCCUCUAUGCCUAGCUUUAUUUUGUUAUAUUAGUCCUCGUUCGUAGUGUAGAGAACAAGAAAAGAAAGUUUUGGAUGUUGGUCUUCUUUUUGUGUUUCUUUUCUUUGUUUUAAGAAGGAAGGGACGGGGGGUGUGCAAUCAAGUAUAAUGUCAUCCCUGUUCUAAUGUAUAAUGUCACCAUAAAUGGAGAAUUUUGUUUGCUUUUCUA